UAGUCCAUAACAUUGUAUCGCUAUUACUGUAACGUCUGAUAUUGAAUUUGUGGUUGUGAACGUGUGUGCUGUGCUUAUUCCAGUUUUGGACGUAUACCUAAAAGUAACCCUUUGAAGUUAAGCUCCGAAUGUCUAUUAUAUGAGGUACAUAUCAAACACAAACAAAAAAUCCGGCCAUCAGGGAUCCGAGUUGUGACUUCAAAGACAUUUCGCUAGUUUUUCUGGGGAAAUAUCAGUACAAAUGAAUGCAACAAAUUUCGUAACCGCGGAGUUGGGUGCAACGCUGGAUGACUUUUGUCGACUGUGUUUACGGCAGUAUGGAGCGCCCUGGAUGCAUCCAUGGCGCGAACGUUUACCCGUAGGCGGAACAGAAACUACCGUAUCCAUUCCUGAUAUGCUGGUCUACUGUUGUGGGUUGCCGUCCAAUUUAACUGACGAACUUCCGCAACGCGUCUGCAUUCCAUGUAUCAAGCGGUUGCAACAGGCUUUCGCCAUCUGCCGGGAUAUUAAGGAGAAGGAAACUAUACUCGAUAGAUUUUUAUUAAAUGGGUCCGUUUUGGAGAGGCUAAUUAAAUACGAACAGUUUCGCUUCGACAAGAAAGACGAGACUCCUGUGGAAGAGAUAAAUGGCAUAGAUGAACCACUUGCAGAAGACAUCAAACUAUCUGAAACAACGCUAAUCAAUGUGUCCAAUACGUUUCCAUUAGAUGAAGUGGACGUAUCUCAAUCAUGCGUUGAGGAGCUGGACAAUGACCAAACCCAAAAUCCUACUUCAGAAUGUUUCAUAAGAAGAGAGGAAAACUUCACUACGACUAAUUUAUCUAAUCAAUGCGAUUCUUCCCGAGAAAUUGCUUCAGAUUGUACCCAAAAGAUUAGGACCCAAGCGCGACUGCAAGUCAAACCAAAGGAAUCUUUAUUUCAGCUAAAAAAUAAACCAUUGAGUAAAACAAAAAGUUUAACAGCAAACAAGUGCAAACGAAAAGCUGGUAGACGUUCGAAGCUUUUCGAGGAUGUACCUUCCGAACCAGAAGAGGACGGCUUCUUCCAUUGUACGCUCUGCCCUCGCAAGUUUCCACAGCGGAGGAACUUUAGGGAGCACUGGGGUGUACAUUUGGCCAGGAAAGACCAACGCUAUAAAUGCCCCGAGUGCGGCAAAAUCUUCGGUAAGCGGGACCAUCUUGUGAGGCAUGUGCACAAGCACCGGGAACGAACUUGAGCACAGAGUUUAAACAGCCGGAGAAUCUGAUUAUUGCGUUCGUUUUAGAAUGUAAGUUUUAAAUGUUUGAGUGUAAAUUUUAUUUUAGAUAUAAGUUUCCGACCAUUUCAAAAAAAGUUUAUGUUCCAAAAACUA